GCGAGAACAGUAUCCAGCCAGCAACCAUGUGCCGGCAUGAUCGUCGCGUAGUCGCGCUGGACUACGUAGCUUAACACUGUAGUGUGUGUUUGUUCGCGGCGCAGUCAUGAACACGGUUAUUUCCAGAGCCAACGCGAUAUUCGCAUUUACGUUAAGCGUAUUAACAGCGCUAACCUUCUGCUGUUUUUUGUCUACGGUAUUCCACCGAUACCAGUCAGAAGUUGAGCUGCAAGCCAUCAAAGCUGUCGUGAAGAAUGUCCAGGACUUCAGUACUGCAAGAGGAAAGAACGACCUGGGUUUUGUAACGUUCGACCUUAAAGCCAAUCUUAGCGACCUGUUCAACUGGAACGUGAAACAGCUGUUCCUGUACGUGACCGCCGAGUACGAGACGGAGAGCAACGCACUUAAUCAGGUUGUCUUAUGGGACAAGAUCAUCAGGCGGGGAGAUAAUGCCAUUUUGGACUAUAAGAACCUGAAUACAAAGUACUACUUCUGGGAUGAUGGCCACGGGCUGAA